GAACUACAUUUCCCUACAGCAGCAGCGUGAUAUAACCAAUAACCAACAUGGCCAUGGGGACGUUAUCGAGAGUUGUCAGACUGAGUUCAUGCAUCGGCAGAAGUCGGCGGUUAAUAUUUAACAGCACACAGAGACGAGGAAUCGCUUCGUGUAUUGACCCUUCUCAUGGCCUCAGUGAUGAACAGAAGGAGUUUCAGAAGAUGGCCUUUGACUUCGCAGCCCAUGAAAUGUCUCCACACAUGGCCGAGUGGGAUGAAAAGGAAAUCUUCCCGGUGGAGACCAUGCGAAAGGCUGCCCAGCUGGGGUUUGGGGGGAUCUAUGUACAGCCGGAGGUGGGGGGAUCUGGCCUGUCUCGCCUGGACACCUCUGUCAUCUUUGAGGCGUUAUCGACAGGCUGUGUCAGCACCACAGCCUACAUCAGCAUUCAUAACAUGUGUAACUGGAUGAUUGACACCUUCGGCAACACCGAGCAGAGGGAGAAGUUCUGCCCUGAGCUUUGUACGAUGGACAAGUUUGCCUCUUAUUGUCUCACUGAACCAGGCAGUGGCAGUGAUGCUGCUUCGUUACUCACUACUGCAAAGUUGGAAGGAGACCAUUAUAUCCUCAAUGGUUCCAAGGCCUUCAUCAGUGGAGGAGGAGACACCGACGUGUACAUAGUAAUGUGUCGGACGGGAGGGAAAGGUCCCAAGGGGAUCUCCUGUGUGGUGGUGGAGAAAGACACUCCAGGACUCAGCUUUGGCAAGAAGGAGAAGAAGGUGGGAUGGAACUCUCAGCCAACUAGAGCAGUGAUCUUAGAGGACUGCCACGUCCCAGUGACCAAUCGGCUGGGUCAGGAGGGACAGGGCUUCAACAUUGCUAUGAGAGGCCUGAACGGAGGCAGGAUCAAUAUUGCCUCUUGUUCUCUUGGGGCGGCCCAUGCAUGUGUACAGCUGGCGAGAGAUCACCUGCUAGUACGCAAGCAGUUUGGAGAGGCUCUCUCUAACAACCAGUUCCUGCAGUUUAAGUUGGCAGAGAUGGCAACCAAGCUAGUGGCAUCACGUCUGUUGCUACGCGAGGCUGCCGUGGCACUGCAGGAGAGCAGGUCUGACGCUGUGUCCCUCUGCUCCAUGGCCAAACUCUUUGUCACUGACGAGUGCUUCAACAUCUGUAACCAGGCACUCCAGAUGCAUGGUGGAUACGGUUACCUCAAAGACUACGCUGUUCAACAGUUUGUCCGGGACAUUCGAGUACACCAGAUACUAGAGGGAACAAAUGAAGUGAUGCGGAUGAUAAUUGCCAGAAGUUUACUGUCAGAGUCUGGAUAAAUGUAAUGCCAUGGGCCAUCCAAAAUGGACUUUCUCCUGUCUUGAAGGGAUGGUGGUGGCAGCCAUCAUGUGGCGUUUGACUGUGACUGGAUCCCUCAAGUGUCUUUUAAAGGGGGAAAAUACUAUAGCAGUUUUGUUUGAGAUUGCAAACAGGACAGGAAGACCUAUUGACAGCAUGGAAUUAAAUAAUGUUAGGUGAUUUAAGUAAGUUACUCAUUGGAGAUACAGUAUGGAAGUGGAACCACGUUGGAAAUGUAAUAUUUCUCCAUGCUGUAUUUUGUGGUGAAGCUUUUUGGUUGUCUUGCAAUAAAAAAAACAAUGCAUCUAUAUAUAUUUUUUUACCUUCAAUGACAGGUUUAACUGCCUGUUCAGGGGCAGAACGACAGAUUUUUACCUUGACAGCUUGGGGAUUUGAACUUACAACCUUUCGGUUACUAGUCCAACGCUCUAACCACGAGGCUACCCUUGCCGCCCCAGAUGUAUCAGAUGGUUAGUUUGAUAUCGUGACUUUUCAUGUGUAUUCAGUUAUGAUAACAUUUGAAACAGGAGCAAGUUUGGUUCUCAUGAUAAUUCCAGUUUAAUCCUAAAACAACUGUGGCGGGUUGGAUAACUAAAGUUUCAUGUAUGGUGUGUGUACUAUAAUAUUUGGUCAUUUACACUCAAUAAAACUGACAGCACUAGAUAAGUUUAAAUGUCAAUGUUCUCAGCUGUGGUACUACAUUACGAUAAACCAUGUUUAAAAUGUUAAAACGGCUGCAUUGGACCUUUGUACCUGUGAUGCAAAUUCUUUUUCGAUGCUAAAAAAAAAUCUCUUACACUGAAUGGCCAUGAUCAAUUUCACAGUAUUAUUCCAACCUCAGAACACAGGAAAAUCACAUGACUGCACUGGGCCUUUUGGAGUUAAGGGAAGAAUAUUUAAAGCCCAGAAAUUGAACACAGCCUAGCAUUAUCAAUGAAUUAUACAUUCCAACUACCUAAUUGAGAUUAUAUUCUCAGUAUACAUGAAUGUGAAAACCACAAUAUUCUGUAAUAUAAGUUCUUAUUAGAUACGUGUGCAAGUAUAUUUCAAUACUGGAAAUGUUUAAAAUACCUGGAUAGAACAUGUAUGGGAGGUUUUACUGGAGUUGUAACAACUCAACAUGAACAGUUGGCCUGCGAAGACUGUCAAGGAGGACUAAGGGAGUGUGCUUUACUGUAUAUCAGGUAUCUGCGUGUGUGCGACGUUAAAUGUUUAACCCAUCUACGGGAAGUGAUGUGCAUUCUUGAGCAUGUUCUCGCCAGACAACACCUCCCUUAUCAAUAACUGGCAUAACAAUUUUACACAAUGUAUAUAAGUCAAACCUGUCAAAUACAGUGGAAAGCAUUCAUA